AUGUCCAGACUAGGCAUCCACCUGGCCCUGCCUCAUCCCCAACCACAGAUGAACUUUCACGGGCAGAUGCAAGCGCCUUUUCACAAUCAACAACCUCCGACCGCCCCCCAUCUCCAUCAAUCGCCACAUCCCCAGCAGAGCCAAGCACCACUCCAAAACCAGCAACAACUCCAAUUUCAGCAACAGCAGUAUGGCCUGGCGAGACCACCGCAACAGAUGACGAUGGGCGGCAUGGGCAUGAACCAGCAGCAGCAACAACAACAGCAGGCUCUGCAAGCGGCCCAACAGGCCCAGCAGAUGCAGCAAAUGCAGUUGAGACAGCAGCAGCAACAGCUUCAGGCUCAGGCUCAGGCCCAACAUCAAGCAGGCCCGUUGCCUAAUCAGCAACGCCCGAUACCCCAAUCCCCUCACCAUCCCACCCCUUCACCCCAUCUCAGCAACCAAUUCCCUCCGGCAUCUCAUUACGCGCAUCAGCCCGGACAACAGAUGGCGGGCAUGCCCAUGGGGCAAAUGUCUCCGCGCUCAGCAGCAGCAAGGGGUAUGCCAAACGCGCCCCAGGGAACGGCUAUCAACCAGACUCAGGCGAAGGGCAUGAAUCGCCCGCCUGCGUGGAUGCAGAAUGCUAUGGCCGGCCCUUCCCAGCCGCCCCAAACACAACAGGGCCCGCCGCCACAGCAGCAUCCACAACACGUCCAAGGCGCCGGCCCGCAUCAGCGACAACAUCAGCAUCUACCACAAUCUGCCCCCACACCGCAAUCACAACUGCAGUCCACCCCACAAAUGGCCGUGCAACCACAUCCUUCACAACAAGGACAGCAGCCGAUGCCUCCACAACAAGGGCCGGGGCAGCAGCCGAUGCAGCAAAUAGGAGGGCAUCCAGAUUACCGGUUGGGAAUUGGGGGAAUGGGUCUAACCCCGUCAAUGUCGAGGGGUGCUAGUGCCCAUAAUCAGAACGCGCCGGAACGAUGGGAUGCGGAUAGAGCGUUGAAGCUGUAUAUCCACGACUAUCUGGUGAAGCAUAAUCUGAUGGCGACGGCGUCGCAACUUGCGGCAGAGUCGGGGCUGGGGGACACUGGGGUGCCAGUCGACUCGCGGGAAGGUGGCGUUCUGUCAGAAUGGUGGACUCUCUUCCUGGAUGCUUUCACCAACGGGAAAGGCGUGCAAGGCGUACUGAAUCAGAGCAUCUACAACGAGUCCAUGGGAGAAUUGCGAACCGUACGUCAGCAACAGUCCGGUCUCGCUCCUGCGGUCUACAUCAAUCAGCCGACUCAAACGCCAAUUCUCCAAUCGAUCCAAGCUGUCUUUACCCCACAGCAACUAGAAUCACUCAAGCAGGAAGCGCAGAGUCAAGGGUUUGACAAUCGCCAGGCUACCCAGUUCAUCCAACAGCGGAUACAAGAGUAUCAGAGCCAAUUGCAACAGCAGCAGAACCAGCAGGCUAUGAAUCAGCAAGCCGCCAUGUUGCAGCAGCGGAUGGGUCAUCCAGGUGCCAUUGGGUCGCCAGUCCCCGGAGCUAGACCGAGUUCUCAGCAAGGCCAACCGCUCCAGGGCCAGCAGAUCAUGUACCAUCCCCAGCCACAACAGCACCUUGGUAUACCGCCCGGCGCAAGAACGUCGAGCCAUUCUCCUGUCAACCCCUCCCCGCAUAUCUCCCAACAACCUCACCCGGGGGGCAUGCCUACUCCUAGCCCUGUGCAGCAGCCGGCAAGGAACCCGAUGAAUGGAAUGGCGAUGAAUGGGCAGUUGAGGAUGGCCUCAAACCCGCACCCAGGGCGGCCAGGGCAAGGGCCGGGGCAAAGUGAUGAACAGAACCAGUUCACGCACCCCCAGGUCUCUACACCCAUGCACCAGCACCCACCAAAUCAGGGUCAGCUACAACAAAGCCAUCUCCCGCAUCAGCAUACACCAUUACCACAGCAUCAACCUCCGCAUAUGACGCCUCAAAGCCAGCAUCUUGCGAUGAAAGGGCAGCAAGCGCACGUUGCCCAGCAGCAUGCCCAGGAGUCAUUGACUCAGAUACAAAUGCAAGCCCACUCCCAAGUGCAGGCUCAAACACAGGCGCGAACUCAGCAACAACAGCAGCAGCAAAUGCAGAGCCAACAAGCCCAACAACAGAGGGAGCAGGCUUUGCAAAUGCAGCAGCAGCACUUGCAGAAUGCUUCGAACCAGCUGUGGGAAGGUUUGGGUGUGCCCAACGUCAAUCAUGGCGUGAUGUCGCAUAGCGCGCAAAAUCUGGGGCUGAGCUCGAAGGAUGUCAAAAGCAUGAGUGAGGACGAAAAGGGUCGCUUGAUUCAGACGUAUCGCAUGACGAUGCAGCAUCAGCAACACCAGGCGAUGCUCAAUGCUCAGCAUCAGCAAAUCCCACCGCAACAACAGCCUCAGUCUCAGCAGCAUUUGCAGCAACAGCAACAGCAGCAACAGGCUUAUCUCAUGCAGCAACAUCAGCAGCAGCAGAUGUAUCAGCAGGGACAGGCCGGCCCUCGGCAAGCUCGCAAUCAUCCCUAUGAAGCUCCCCAGCCGCCCGAUGACAAUUCUGCGCCUACGCCGACUGGUCCCGGCCAACGUGCUCCCACACCAGUUCAGCCAAGUAUGACUCCUUCCGGUAUGAGGCAGCCCACACCGCCGGAACGGAAGAGGAAGCGGAAGAUCUCUGAGGGUGCGGCACCAAGUCCAUUUGGUAUGACAUAUGGGCCUGGGUCUCAGCAAGGCGCUACCCCUGGAGCCACUCCUCUCACGCCUGGCUUCGCCAUUACUACCGAUCCGAUGCUGCGCUCUGUCCCGGGAACGGCACCGCCCCAACAUCCUACUGCUUCGCCGCGGCACACGACCAAACGUGAACGGCGGAAUCAAGCACAGGGGCAAGGAGAGAUGCUUCCACCGCGGACGGCGACGCCCAAACCGUCCGGCUCUGGAAUACCUGAAGAUGGCCAAAAGGAUGGUACAGGCAAAGAGGGCAAGAAGGAGAGCAAGGUUGGCAAGGCGGGAAGAACGCCCAAAUUGCCAAAGGAAGAUAUCCAGCGCGAGGCACCAACUCCAAAAUCUCUCAAUCCGUCACCAAACGGCAAUAUCAUCGCUGUCACCGAUGGGAACCCCCACUCGACGUCAACGCACGGAUUCACCCCUUCGCCUCCAUCUGCAUCUACUGCCACGCCUGCUAAUGGCGCGAUGCCGCUGUCCUCUACACCUGCAAGUAACCAGAUGUCCUUACCCGCCGACUUGUCAAUGGCCAACAUGGACUUUGGCAAUAUGGGACUAGGAAACAUGGGCUUGGGAGGUAUGGGGAUGGAAUUUGCCAUGGGGAUGGGACUUGGUGCGCUCGGGGGCAUAAAUGACAACUCUCUCGGUGCUGUUAACAACGGCCAGCAGACUCCUCUGGGGGGCGAUGUCGGCAGCGACUUGGAUGCCUUUGCCGGCAUGAACCAAGACUUUGACUUUGGUCUCUAUCUUGCGGCGCUGGAUGAAGACGACGGCAGUGGUAACAACAACCACAAUAACAAUAACAACAAUAACAACAACAACAAUAGUGGGAAUGGCGAGUUGGUCGUCUGA